AUGAUCUUUGAUUCAGUAUUACCUCUCCCACCGUUGCCUCGAGCCGACGUCUUUUCAUACAUCUUCCGUCAUGGACGGCAAGAUUACCCCAAAGACCGCGUUCUUUAUCGAGUAGAUGGGACCGAGAAGACGUUGACUUUAGGUCAAUUGGAGCAGCAAAGUCUGCAUUUGGCUCGCAGCUUGAAAGCCGAAUAUCAAAUCCAACCUCAGUGUGUGGUGGCCAUUUUUUCCCAUGAUCUAAUUCAAUAUCCCAUCGCGUAUUUUGGCUGUCUUGCAGCGGGAGCGACAGUAGCCUUAAUUCCAGUUCAGAAACAGCAAAAUGAAACAGACAUUGUCUCGCAUCUCAAAUUAGUCAAUGCGAAGCUGAUUCUGACCGAUCAAAAGCUGCUUUCCCUAACAGAGAAGGCAUUGGCCCAGUAUCGUGAAAUCCCGGUGCUCACUUUGGAUCGCGGAUCCGCAUCACACCCGAAUCUGGAAGACAUCCUGACUGAAACGAGAUGCUACGAUGAUAGUCACUUCGUCCCGGUUUUUGAAUUGACUACUAAUGACCAGGCGGAAGAAUACACGGGAUUCAUCAAUCGCACCAGCGGUUCUACCGGUAGUAUGAAGUCCGUUCUGGUCAGCCACGCCCAUUUCAUCGCAACGAUGGAGGCCACUCGUCUCACGGUUCCAUCUACCACCAACCCAGACGAGGAUGUCUGGAUUUCUCCCCUGUCCCUGGGCUUCUUUAUCAACGCCAAAUUGAAUAUGGGUCUCAACAUCCUACUGGGAAUUCCUGUGGUGUUGAUGGGCGAAUCUCUCGAAUCGUCCAAUAUCGAUGUUAUCCCUCGUCAUAGGAUCACGUUCAUUUUUGUUGCACCCCCAUUGGCUGCAAAGCUUGCAUAUGACCGUAGCGAUAUAGACCUUAGCAGCGUGAAAUGGAUCCUAAGUGCGGGCAGUCCUAUCAGCAAGGGUGUCCGCGAUGCCUUGUCCUGUCGGUUUGGCGGACUGCCAUUGACUAUGGAGUGGGCCUCGGCAGAGACAAUGCUCCUCACCAUCCAGACUGAAGACGAAUCUUCCCGUCAGCCGGGAUCUAGUGGAACACUGGUCAAUGGUGUGCAGGCAAAGGUCAUUGACACGGAAACCGGUUCUCCCUGUGGGGUGGGAGAGCCCGGAGAACUUUACGUGCGCAAUCGAUUGGCUCGAUUCAAAGGAUAUAAAGAUAAUGAGGUAGCCAAUCGUGCGUUCACCUCAGAUGGAUGGUUCCAGACCGGAGAUUACGGGUAUCUAGAUGAAAAAUGCAAUGUGUACAUUGUCGACCGCAUCAAGGAGCUGAUAAAGGUCGGUGAGGGCUACGGAUCGCAUGUUUCGGCCGCCGAUCUAGAGGGGGUUGUCUUUGGCCACCCUGCUGUGGGCAGUGUUGUCGUGGUGGGAUGCCGGGAUGAAGCCAAGCAACUGGAUCGACCGACUGCAUUUGUUGUUUUGAAGCCAGAAUUCCGUGAAAGAACAGAACAGGUAAAGAAGGAUAUUGAGCGAUUUGCGGCUGAAGGGCUGACUGGCCUGCAAAGUCUGUCUGGAGGGAUCCGCUGUAUUGAUCAAAUUCCGGUGACGGGAUUCAAGAUCAACCGGAGAGCCUUGAGGAACAUGGCCUAG